CAAAACUGCUUGUGCGUUGCUGAAAUUCUAUAGUAAGGGUACAUUUACCAUUUCUAGUGUCAGGACAACAAUGCCGUCGGGAAGAGGCCUGCCUCGACUUAAGUACACCCCUGCAGCCUCACAGCAGCUCGCGUUAACCAAGGAUGCGGCCAAAAUGAACCGGGUCACAAGUGGUAUCGGUGGUGCGUUGGAGGGUGUCCAAAUGAGAAUCGAGAUGCUGACUCGAGAGAUCAAGGCCGACGAGAAGGGCAAAAAGGACUAUGACGAGCAGCUUUUUCGACUAAACGAGCGCCGGAAGGACUUGGAGGCCAAAUUGAAGGAAUGCAGAGAAUGGAGCGACCUCUUCGAAAGCAAGAUCAAACCUCUCGCGGGCAAGUACACGGAGACGACGGACAGCAUGCAAGGACAGUAUAACGAGGCCAAGCAACGCCAUGCCCAAGGAAUCCUCGUACUCAUGGAGAACUUCGACUACCACCCAGAGUUCAAACGCUUCAGCGACACUUUCACUGCUGUCCCCUUCAAGCCAAAGUAGAGCAGACUGGCAAUACCGAAGGCGCAAUAUAUUUCUAGUGAAUGGAUCGUUCGAGGAAUGAAUAAAUGAUAGUGGUUCACCGUUCUGUCA